AUGUCUGAACAGCAAUGUGUGUUGGUGGGAAGUUUUCUUUUGGUCAUUAUCAUCUGGAUCUUGUUUAACCACAGUCAUGCCUACAACUCCUCUGAGUGUUAUUUCAGAAUCAAAGAAGAUUUUCACCAUGAAGGAGAUGUGACCAUUGGUGUAUUUCUCCCAGUUCACACUUACUUCACAGACAAAAAAGUUCCACAUCCUUAUCUUCCAAACACUUACACCGACUUUCACUUACAGUAUAAUUUUAAAACACACAAGUUGGUUCUAGCCCUGGUAUUUGCCAUUGAGGAAAUCAACAGGAACCCUCAUCUUUUACCCAACAUAUCUCUGGGAUUUGAUUUCUAUAAUGUCCCAUACAGUGAGAAAAACAUUCUUAUGAAUGCUCUUUUUUGGCUCACGGGCCUACAUAGGCUAAAGAAUCUUCAUUGUAAUUAUAACUGUGAAAAGGAGAGAAAGUCAACUGCUGCAAUAACAGGAAUAUCAUGGGCAAAAUCUGCCCAUAUUGGGACACUGCUUCAGCUCUACAAAUUUCCACAGCUCACUGUUGGUCCCUUUGAGCCUAUCUUCAGUGAACAAGGUCAGUUUACUUCUCUCUACCAGAUGGCCCCCAAAGGCACAACUCUGGCUCUUGCCAUGGUCUCUUUGAUGCUUCAUUUUGGCUGGACCUGGGUGGGUCUGCUUAUCCCAGAUGAUCACAGAGGGACUCAGUUUCUAGCAGAUAUCAGAGAAAGCAUGGAGAAAAAGCAAGUCUGCAUAGCUUUUGUUGAAAUGAUUCAAAGCACCUGGAAUUCACUUUCAUACAAAUAUUGGAAAAAUCUUGGCAUCAUCCAGGAAACAUUGGCGAAUAUUAUUAUCAUUUAUGGUGACAAUGAUUCACUACAAGGUUUAAUGAGCAAUCUAGGGCAACAGAUUUUGACGACAAAAGUCUGGGUCAUGACCUCUGAGUGGGAUGUUACUAAUAUGGCUGAUUAUUUCUUGCUGGAUUCGUUCCAUGGAAGUCUCAUUUUUUCACAACACCAUGAGCAGGUGGCUGAAUUUAAAAAUUUUAUCCAAAUAGUUAAUCCUUAUAAAUACCCAGAAGACAAUUACCUUCCUAAAUUGUGGUUUUUAUUUUUCAAGUGCUCAUUUUCAGAGCUUGAUUGUCAUCUUUUGGAUAACUGCCAACCCAAUGCUUCCUUGGAAUUCCUGCCUAGACAUAUUUUUGACAUGGAAAUGAAUGAAGAAAGUUACAGUACAUACAAGGCUGUAUAUACUGUGGCCCAUAGUCUCCAUGAGAUGAGACUUCAGCAAGUACAAACGCAACCAUUUGGAAAUGGGGAAAGAUUUGUGUUCUUCCCCUGGCAGCUUCAUCCUUUCUUGAGGAAUAUCCAUGUGGGAGUCAACAUGGCUUUAGAAUGGAAACAGAAGUUAGAUGAUGAUAAGUAUGAUAUUCUCAACUUUUGGAAUUUUCCAAAGGGUCUUGGACGAAAAGUGAAAGUAGGAAAUUUUUUGCCCAAUGCUCCCCAGAGUCAACAGUUGACUUUAUCUGAGAAGAUGAUACAAUGGCCAGAAAGAUACUCAGAGAUUCCUCAUUCUGUGUGCAGUGAGAGCUGUGGUCCUGGAUUCAGGAAAAAGUCCCUACAGGGCAAGGCUGUUUGCUGCUAUGAUUGUACUCCUUGUGCAGACAAUGAGAUUUCCAAUGAGACAGGUAUGGAGCAGUGCUUGAAGUGUCCAGAGAGUCAUUAUGCAGACACAGAGAAGAAACACUGCCUCCAGAAAGCUGUGAGUUUUCUUAACCAUGAGGACCCCUUGGGGAUGGCUCUCACAACUAUAGCUCUGUGCUUUUCUAUACUCACAGGUGUGGUCCUUGCACUAUUUGUGAAGCACAGAGACACUCCAAUUGUCAAAGCUAAUAAUAGGACCCUUAGUUACACAUUGCUUAUCUCACUCACUGUCUGUUUCAUCUGUGCCUUGCUCUUCAUUGGUCGUCCCAACAACACAACCUGUAUCCUGCAGCAGAUCACAUUUGGAGGUGCUUUCACUGUGGCUCUUGCCACUGUGUUGGCCAAAGCUAUCACUGUGGUUAUUGCCUUCAAGGUUACUUUUCCAAGGAGAGUGGUGAGGUGGUUAAUAAUAUCAAAGGCUCCAAACUUCAUCAUCCCCAUAUGUACUCUGAUCCACCUUGUCUUCUGUGGAAUCUGGCUAGGGACCUCCCCUCCCUUCCUUGACCAUGAUGCUCAUGCUGAACAUGGGCAUAUCGUCGUUGUGUGUAACAAGGGCUCAGAGAUUGCCUUCCAUGUUAUACUGGGAUACCUCUGCUCCUUGGCACUUGGGAGUUUUACUAUGGCUUUCAUGUCACGGAAUCUUCCAAACACAUUCAAUGAAGCCAAGUUCCUGUCAUUUAGCAUGCUGGUGUUCUUCUGUGUCUGGGUCACAUUCCUACCUGUCUACCACAGCACCAAGGGGAGGGUGAUGGUGGCUAUGGAAGUUUUCUCUAUCUUGGCUUCUAGUGCAGCCCUCCUUGGCCUCAUUUUUGUCCCUAAGUGCUAUAUUAUCUUAAUAAAGCCAGAUAAGAACUCAGUUCAUCAUAUCAGGAAAAGGCCACAUUCUAGAAGGAAUAACACUCUCAAAACCUAG